AUGGGAGAAAAAGGGAAAAGACAGCAAAAGCUUCAGAAAGUUCCACAGAUUCCCUGCAUUCGAGUCCCUCCCUCUUCCUAUGACACUUCAUUAAUGAAGGACCUGACUCCAGGGCAGCAGCGUUACUUUUACAGCAUCAUGAAGAUUUACAACUCCAGGCCCCAGUGGGAGGCCCUGCAGACCCGCUAUAUUCACAGCCUUCAGCACAAGCAGCUGCUUGGUUAUAUAAGUCAAAAGGAGGCCUUGGCUUGUGCUGCUGUACUUAGAGAUUCAACCAAGAAAGCCUCGGCCAAGGAAGCUCCUCAUAGAACCAUCUCCAGAAGGGCUUCAGUCAUGACAAGAACAUGGUUGUCAACACUCCCUGUGUCUGUGGUUCCACCCAGGACCAAAAGUGCAGGGCUCUGA